GAUUUAAAUCUCCGAAUCAGCUUUCUCUGACUUUCUUUUAGCUAAAUUCUGUAUUACUUUGCAAAAUAUUGCCAAGAAUUUCGAAUUUACAAAAGAAUUAUUAUGACAAUUUUAUGAUCGCGAAGUUUUCUUCUAUGAAAUUACUUUUUAAAAUUUUUUAUCAGCACAUCAAAAUGUCAUGAUUUUAUAAACAAAUAAUAGUGCAAAUACCAUAGAAAUACGCAUACACAAUAACUAUUUGAUUUUUAUAUUUGGUAUCUUAACUACAUGCUUAUAGGCAAUUUGAAAAGAAUGGACAACCGGUUUUCAUUCACAUUAAAAUUUAUGGACUAUUUUAAGUCAUCGUUAAGACUGCCGCAAUUAGACAUGCAUAAAUACGCUUAUUCAGAUAAAGGAAUUUGUACUUAUUGUUAGAUAAAAAGAUAAGACAAACAAUGACAUUUAUAUUCCUGCUGCAAGUGGAACUUUAACAGGAUUUUGUGCGGCAAUUUGCUUCUUUUAUUCGAACCAAGAGCAGAAUUCUACCAUAUGGACGUCAACACAGUAGGAUCAAGCUCUGUGGAAAAAGCAGCAAUGUACAAAGUACUUUCUAAUAUGUCAAAGUAUACAGUCCAUAAUGGAUUGCAUAAGACAUCAUCAGUUCUUCGUGGACCAUCCAUAACAACCUUAAAUCUAAAUAAACAAGUGCUUCCCAAACAACCUGUUCCUGAUAUUAAGCAAACUGCAGAGCGUUAUUUAAGGUCUUUGAAGCCACUGUUGACUGACAAUGAAUAUAAAAAUACAGAAAGAAUUGUAAAUGAAUUUGUAAGCGACACUGGUGCAGGACCUCGAUUACAUGCUAAAUUACUAGAGAGAUAUGAAAACACUGAUAAUUGGAUGAAGGAAUGGUGGUUGCAAGUUGCAUAUUUAGGAUACCGUUUCCCUGUGAUUGUACAUUCCAGUCCUGGAACUGUUGGACCACCAGUUACUUUCAACAGACCAGAUGAUGUGUAUGCAUUUGCAGCACGGCUUGUUGCUGGAGUAUGUGAUUACAAUGAGAUGGUCAAGAGUGAAAAGAUGAAACAAGAAAUGGCACGCAAUGAUCCACUUGACAUGCAACCUUAUGGCAUGAUACUAGGUACACACAGACAGCCCAAUAAAGUAAUCGAUAAACUGUUGCAUACAGACGAGGCCAAACACAUAAUAAUCAUAAGCAAUAAUCAUUUCUUUAAACUUUGUGUUGUCGAUAAAACCGGCAUUUUAAGUGAGGAUAAGCUCGUGGCUGCUAUAAAAGAUAUCGUAGAUCGCUCGUGUGCGCAAGGAAAGCCUAUAGGAAUUUUAACUGGGAAUGAUAGAGAUACUUGGGCGAAGGACCACGAUUUACUUUUAGAAUUAGGUAACAAUAGAAAUAUAAUCAAGGAUAUAGAAACAUCCUUGUUCAUAUUGUGUCUUGACAAGAAUAUACCUAAGGAUGCUUUUAUGGGAAAGAAUAAUGCUUCAGUUAGAGCAGUUCAAACGAUGACAGGCUUCAACAGCCGCGUAAAUGCGGGUAACAGGUGGCAUGAUAAGACUGUGCAGUACAUUGUAUCCGCUGAUGGUUACAUCGGCAUGGAAUAUGAACACUGUCCAUGUGAGGGUGUUCCAGUUGCCGUCCUUCAUGAUCAUGUGCUAAAAUAUAUAGCAGCAAGGGAAAAUAGUGCAAGGAACGCAAGUCCCAAAGAUUUUCCCAGACCGGAACUUUUGAAAUUCGAGACUAACGACGCCGUAAAUCGUGCAAUUGAUAAAGCUGCUGAUGCGGUGGACAAGCUCUCAAAUGACAUAGACAUGGAAUGUUUUAUAUUCGACAAGUUUGGCGCGGACGAGAUAAAAGCGAUUAAACUGAGUCCCGACAGUUUUAUCCAGAUCGCGAUGCAAGUGACGUUCUAUAAUUUAUUGAAAAAACCACCGGCCCACUACGAGAGUGCGGCAUUACGAAGAUUUAUAAAUGCCAGAACGGAAUGCAUAAGGUCCACUAGCACCGAAUCUGUCGAAUUCGCGAAAAUGAUGCUCUACGACGCCGAGUGCGCGAGUAAAGCGCAGAAGAAGGAAAUGCUAAUCAAAGCUGUAAAUGCUCACAAAGAGCUCGCUGGACAAGCAGCCGUGGGUCAAGGUGUCGAUCGGCAUCUGUUUGGCUUGAAAAUGAUAGCACAAAGCGAAGGAAUGGAGCUUCCAGAAUUGUACAAGGAUGUUGGUUACACUAGAAGUACAUAUUUCAAUUUAACAUCGAGUCAGGUGCCGUAUAAAUCAGCGUCGUUUAUGUGCUAUGGACCAGUUGUUCCUGACGGUUACGGCUGCUGUUACAAUCCGCGACCGAAGGAUAUUCUGUUCGCCUGUUCUUCUUUCAAAUCGUGCGAAAAGACAAACACGAGGGAUUUUGCUCGCGUUUUGCAGCAAACACUGUGCGACAUGCGGGACAUUGGAAAUGAAUAGUACAGUUAAGAUCACGUUAUUUUUAUACGCUAUGUUUAUACGCGGUGGCAAGCAGAACAGGGUAAUUCAAACAAGGCGAAAUAUUUUAUAUACUUUUUAUUAUGAAUAAUGGGAGACAGUACUCUGAAAAAAAUGCUUGGUGGAAUACCGCUCUGUUUGACUUGCUCACACACAUACGCACACGCACACACAACACACACUUGUAAUACUAAUACAAUUAUUAGUUUGUAUUUUUCCACAAUAAAUAUAUAUUUAGCGCA